CGGAAGAGCAGCUGCACCGAACUCGCAAUGUGUCGCCCGUAGGCCUUACUUCCCUGUCAAAUAUCUCUCUGCAGACUUAUAACAAUCUACCGCAAACUCGUCGAUCCUUGCCUCUCUUUUCCUCGUUAUGCAUAUCUUCACCCCCAAUCACGUGCACCUAAUUGCAGCAUGUUCUCCACCGUCAUCCGCCCUCCUCUCCGCAGGUCCAGAAUAUCGGCCAAACGCUCAGGAGCUUUCCAAACUCACCUACUACGCCGCGAACCGCCCCGGUAAAAUUAAUAAACUCGGAAGUGAGCUCGAGAAGCGGAUCAAGUCAGACAGUCACAAGGCUCAGGCCGGGAACGCUCGAGCCCGAGCUUCUCUCCUGAUUAAUCUUGCCAUUCUAAGAGACUUAGCUGUUGAAUGUCGGCGGGAAAUAUCCCUUCUGUCACCGUCUUUGGUUGCCAGUAUCAAGAAUGCACUGGAUGCGCUCCUCACCGACUUGGAAGUGUCUGCUAGGGCUGCUAGUGUGUUUACAGCCUGGUGCACCUACACUGAUGGCCACGUCAUAGGUGCAGAUGCUAUGCUUAACCAAGACUAUCUCUCCAUUCUCCACAAGUUUGCAGAUCAAAGCGUUGCUGACCGCAAAUCUGUUGAUGAUGAAAUGAGAAACAGAGCUCGACUUGUCGGCCUUGCCGCUCUUAAUGGGGUUGUUACCUCCGAUGUGCUUUACAGCUCGUCAACCCACUUCAAAGCACAAGUUUCUGUCAUCAUACAGCCCAUCCUUUAUCACAUCAUCAAUACGGAUCCGGAAGCACUGGAAGAAAGUGCUGUCAAGGUCAAGGGCAAAACCACGACUUCUUACCUCCAGGAAUACAGGACAAAGCCUCAGCUGGAGCGACGAGCAGCCUCUAUACAUGCUCACGUAGAUGGUGAAAGUGGCCCUUCAACGUCCGAAGUUGUCGAUGCCUCACUGCGUGUGUUGCUCAACCUUAUGCAGCACUCUAGCGGCGGUCAAGUUGGAGUCAUAACUCAAGCCAUUUUUGAGAGUCUUGAGCAGCUACAAGGGUGGGAGAGAAAGUCACAAUGCCAGUGGCUUGCACAGAAGAUUUGCGAAUGGACGCAAUAUCAAUACAGAUACGCAUUGCCAACUCGUCUUGUGGAGCAACUCCUAGACACACAAGACUCUCCAGAACCCACAAGUCAACAAGUCACCCUUGUCGCGAUGGUGACUAUGGUCUUUACUUCCUCGAUACCCCUCAUCAACCUCUCGACGUCUGACAUCAUCUCCAACUUGAUCUCAUUGGUUUUGCGGCGUGUGUCUAUUCUCCCUGAUGACCCACUCUUGCCGGCUCUCGUCGAAGCUAUUUCGUCACUCGGUUGUCAUAUCUAUUACUCGGAUCAGAUUUCUGACCUUGCUGCUGAGCUCAUAAGUCGUCUGACCUCUAUCGAGAAUCAAAGUGUCUUGAGGGCCGAAUCAGAGAACGGGGGCAAAGCACGGAGUCAAGCAGUCAGGACUCUGCUAUCAGGCUUACUGGGACUCAUGAACGCAGCCAACAACCACGCUCAACCCAAUGAACUUGAGCGACAAAAUAGCAUGAUCAAAGCACCCUCUGUUUCCCAGAGGAGCGAGGGCGAGACUGUCGCCUCGGAUCCACACCCUCGUGUACUACGGAGGACUCGUGUAUCUGCAGAAACUUGGCGGGAGACGUUGACCUUCUUGUGUGACGCUGAUUUCCCUGUGCGAAGUGACUAUGCACAAAGCUUGGUCAACUACAUGCGCAUUGAGAUACCGAAACGCGAAGCCCAUAUCGCCUCAGAUGGUGUCAGAAGACCAGCCCCUCUAUCAGAAACCAGUCCCACUGUUCAGGUCAAUAGCGUGAACUUGCUGUUGUUUGGAGAUUCCACGUCACGUUUCUUGCACGCUGUUCAUGCACACGUUUACAUUCUGGCGACAUCGACGCUCGUGAACGUUUUUAAUGUGACGCCAUCUCCCGACGGUUCCCGCAGUGCCGACCUUGCUUCUACAGGCGUUGUUUCUGCUAUUAUGGAGGACGAUUCUGGGUCUGUGGGCAACUCUAUAGACCCACAUACAUCGUCCCCACAACGAUGUCGCUCGCUGGUUCCUUCUACGCCAACGAAGCGUCAAUCGACUUUGCAACGACUAGUCGAUCCUUCGACGCGAGUCUCGUCCUCUACAACUGCAUCUUUAUCCGACUAUGCUCACAUAUUAAUGGUCCUCAUUGUGAUUCAUGAAGAGAUGCCCAUCCGAAGCCUGCUUACAGGUGUCCCGAUGCUCUUGGCCUUGGAUGACGCCGCUACUUGCGAUGCCAACUCCGAUGAGCUCACUAAACAGCGAGCUAAGGCGGUAUUGACCGUCCUCGCGCAAGUUUGGUUGAAAAUGGCCAAGACUUGGAACUGCCCUGAGCUCGCAGCUAUUGCCACAGAGGCAAUGGACUCUCUGGACGGACCACCACACCUGCCAUCCCUAGCUGUACAAAUGCCAGGGGUCUUGCGCCCCGCAGAACAGCCUGUCCUUUUUGGUGAUGAACAUGUAACAAUUCCUCUUGCGCGUGUGGACACAGCACGAGCCGUGGUGUUUUUAUCAGCGUCUCGUUCUGCCCAGGAAGCCACGGGCUUGGAUGAGGAAAGUUUACACCGUCGAUUGACUACGAAGUGGUCACCAGAGCUGGCACUCAAAGAAUCUGUGGAGCGUCCCAGCAGCACGCGUCACGUUACUGACGGAACGUCUCAUCUCAAAUUAUCCCCAGCUCUUAUGGCGAUAGAGAACAUGUCGUUGGCAAGCCUAACGCGGUCUGUCCGCGGUGGUGUAGGUGUCAGUGACCUACGUGAGGCGCUUGAGGGUCGCAACAACGCUUCUAACCCGGCCUUGGCCAAAGCCCCGUCUCUGUCCACUCUGGACCACACCUCUUCAUAUGAUCAUAGGCUGGAGUUGACGAAAGUGCGGUCCCGGCCAAAGAAGCGGUCACCUGCUCCUGGGACUGGUAAUGUACGGGAUGUGCUUGACGGACUAGGUAUAGGCAAACAAUCCGGGAACAACCUCCUGAAAGCCUCGUUCCCUGCCUUGCAGAAGUCAGCCACUCAAUCGUCGUCUCUAGCUCCUGAUUCAUAAUGUUCUCUAAGAAUCUCUCCCACACUCAUUUUUACAUAGACUGAACUUGAUUGUUACGCCUAUUAGUCUAACAGUAGUCUUAUUGCACCUAUUAUCUAUUACCUUGCGGGACACUGUUAUCGUCUACCGGACCUUUUCCCUUGGUUUACAGAUACUAUUCUCC